CCUCUGCAACAUAACAUUAGCCCACAGUUGCCAUAUGAGACAUCUGUGGUUUUCCUGUGAACAAGCUCCACAUCUGCUUUUCUAUUGAAACAUUUCAUCUUUGUCCCAGUCACUGCCACCAUCUUCUGUGAUGUCAGACUAACAGUAUGUAUGUAGCUGUCUAAAAAAUGAUAUUGUUCAUCCCUGAUAUGGCUGGUCGUCUGUUUUUGCUCAUCCUCCUUUUCGAUACCUUCCAGUUCCUCAAAGCCAAAGAUCUUCCUCAGCCCAGUCUAACAGUGAUUCCUGCCGUCAUCAAAGAGAGAGACUCAGUUCAGCUGAACUGUCAGACUCCUCCACCUGUCUUUGAGUGUUACUUCAAAAUAGAGGGGAAAGUAGAAUUCACCCUUUCAUCACCCUGUCAACAGACACUCACAGGAACACUACUGGUGAGGUGGACAGGUCAGAGUUCACCAGCUGAGGUCAAAAUCCAAUGUCAGUACAGUGCUAAAGGUUCACAGUUUAGAUCCAUAUACAGUGAGCCGUCAACAGUCACAAUUACGGACCUUCCCCAGCUGACAGUGAGUUCUACAGUCAUCAGAGAGACAGAAUCAGUUCAGCUCAGUUGUGAGACUCCUCCAUCUCUCCCUGUGUCUCACUGUUACUUCAACAUAGAGGGGGGAGAGAAUCCUCCAGACUCAUCCUGUACUCAGACAAUAACAGGAACUGAGCUGCUCAAGAGGUCUGGUCCAACAUUUCCAGCUGUGGUCAAAGUGACGUGUUACUACACUGUAUGGAAGUCUCACACAUCUCCUUUUAGUGACCCUGUCUCAGUCACUGUUCAGGAUCCAAAACCAGACAUUACAGUACAUUUUGAUGAGGACUUCAACAUCAUCUGUUUGAUUCCUGGAUCCGUCAGUCCUGACACUACCUGUAACCUGUAUGUUGGAGAGGAGAGUCAGCCAUCCUUCACAGCAAAGAUCAUGAAGAGAAAAGCCACCUCAGCAUCCAAACAGUGGUUCUGUCAAUUCACUCCAAAACAUAGUGAUCUGAUCAGUCGUCUACAGUCAGUGAGGCGUAAGGAGGUGAGCUGUGACUACAGAUUGAGCUCAGGACCAAACUCUCUCUCUCCACGCAGUGAUGGGUACAGCUUUACAGAUCUGGUGGGAGUUCACAUCAGUGAUUCAACAACUAUACAGACACCUUCUAUAGCAGUGAGUUUGACUCCAGGUCCUAGAUCUACUUUGCCGCCCAGCACGACAGCGAGUCCUACAGAAGUUUCAACUGUUACUUGUACUUUUACCCCAGACACCACAGUGACACCAUCUACCAGUUUGACCUCCCCUUUGACUCCGAGCAGGGCAGUGAAUCCUUCAUCAGAUCCAAUGAUGUGCUUUGCAUCAGGGUCGACUGUUUGCUCUACUUUGACCACUGACACCCCAGCGAGUCCAACUGAAAGAGGUCAAAGCUCCACAGAAAGUGAAGUGGAAUCAAACAGUCAAGAAAGCAUUCUGUUGGGGCAAUUAUGGCAGGCAGCAGUGGGUGUGGCUUCUGGAAUGGGCGUGUUCCUGGUAGGAUUGACAGCUGUCUGUCUCUGCAGGAGGACCAAGAAAACCAAUUCUCAGAGACCUACAGCCAGACAGGAUGAUCACAGACAAUAUGAUUUGGUGUCUAUGGGAGCGGUGAGCAGUGGAGUCAUGGUGGAUUCAGGAGAUGCUGGAAACGAUUCUCAGAUCACUUCUGUACUGUCCAUGUUCAUGCCCUCAGGUCCCGUUGAUGUGGAUACACAGGCAUUUGCAAAUGAACAUUCUGAUACGUACCACAUAUACAGCUCAAUCCCCGACAGACCAGCAUCCUCAGCCCAGUCUGAUGGGCUGUACAGCCUUCUGCAGACACACUGAAACUACACCUCUGGCUUUCUGUAUCUAUGUCUCACACAUGUCACACAAAUACAUUCUUUCUCACACGACAUCCUUUAUUAUCACUCAUCCACUUACUGUAAAUAAGUUGGUUAACAGGUAAUAUUUCUACUGUAUUACACAUGGACAACUGAUUUCUGUUACAUGUCUAUCCAUAAUAUCUCUUACUGUGUUAAUAUUUAUAUUUUGGAGGGGUAUGGGGCAUACUCCCCUUUGAGCAUUUUUCUUAUUUCUUCUCCCUAGUAAAUGCUAAAUCUACUGUAUUUAAGUAUAUUAUGUUGACUGUUUGAUACCUUCUUCCAUAACAGUUGGAUAGAAUUAAUUUCCUAUUGUGCAAAACAUAAUCCACAACCAAAACAAACUGCAAAUGCAUACAAACUCAAGUUUGUUGAGUCACAAGCUUGAUACAUUUAUUGGGUGCAAAGAAUUUAGGACCAAAAUACAUAAUGCUUGACUACUUUAAUACACUAUAAAUUAAUUUGUCCAAAUACUUUCUUGACUUUCUUGAAUUGGGGGGACUAUAUACAUAAAGUGCUUUUAUAUCUAAAUGGUAAAACAUACAAUACCUUCAGACAGUAUUCACACCCCUUGACCUUUUUCAAAUUUUGUUAUGUUACAGCCUGAAUUUAAAAUGUAUGAAAUUUAGAUUUUUUUUUAUGUCACUGGCCUACAAACAAUACCACAUAAAUUCAAAGUGGAAUUAUGUAAAAAAAAAAAAAAUGUCAUUAAGUAUUCAAUUACUUUGU